GGGCGGGUCCGCGGGCGGCGGGAGCGCGGGGCGGGCGGCGCAGUGUCCGGCGGUGUCCAGCGCGUGUGCGGCGCCCACCCGGUGCCCCGGUCCCGAGCGGCGCCAUGCCCACCAGCUUCACCGUGGUGCCCGUGGAGGCACGGGCGGACUGCCUGGACGAGGCGGCCGAGCGGACGGAGGGGCCGGAGGGCGAGCCCGGCGGACAGAGCCCGGGUCCGGGUCCCGAAGGCAUGGUCCCCCCACUCCCCACCACCCGCUGAGCUGUCCUGAUUUCCUGGGCUGGGGUCCAGCCUCGUGUGAUGGUGCCCCACGGGAGAACAGCCCGUUCAUCGACAGCCUGGAGGCUGAGGGCCACAGCGUCUUCCAGGGCAAGAACAUGGCUCUCUUUGAGGAGGAGAUGGACAGCACCCCCAUGGUGUCCUCCUUGCUCAACAAGCUGGCCAACUACACCAACCUCAGCCAGGGCGUAGUGGAGCACGAGGAGGCCGAGGACGGCCAGGCCCCUCGGCGUCAGGUCAAGGGUCCGCGCAUGGGCACCUUCAUCGGCGUCUACCUGCCCUGCCUGCAGAACAUUCUGGGUGUGAUCCUGUUCCUGCGCCUCACCUGGAUCGUGGGCGCUGCCGGUGUGCUCGAGUCCUUCCUCAUCGUGUCGUUGUGCUGCACCUGCACCAUGCUGACCGCCAUCUCCAUGAGUGCCAUCGCCACCAAUGGCGUAGUCCCAGCGGGAGGCUCCUACUACAUGAUCUCAAGGUCUCUGGGUCCCGAGUUUGGGGGGGCCGUGGGCCUCUGCUUCUACCUCGGCACCACUUUUGCUGGCGCCAUGUACAUCCUGGGCACCAUCGAGAUCUUCCUGACCUACAUCUCACCGAGUGCCGCCAUCUUCCAAGGGGGCCCCGGGGGUGAGGCGGCCGCCCUGCUGCACAACAUGCGUGUUUACGGCACCUGCACACUGGCCAUCAUGGCCGCCGUGGUUUUUGUGGGCGUCAAAUACGUCAACAAGCUGGCCCUGGUCUUCCUGGCCUGCGUGGUGCUGUCCAUCCUGGCCAUCUACGCUGGGGUCAUCAAGUCCACCUUUGACCCCCCUGACGUGCCGGUGUGUCUGCUUGGCAACCGCACGCUGGCACGGCGUGGGUUCGAGGCCUGCUCCAAGCUGCAGGACAACGGCUCUGCGGUCUCGGCACUCUGGAGGCUCUUCUGCAACAGCUCGCUGCCCAGUGCAGCCUGUGACCCCUACUUCAGCCUCAACAACCUCACCGAGAUCCAGGGCAUCCCCGGGGCGGCCAGCGGCGUCCUGCUGGACAACCUGUGGAGCGCGUAUGCAGACAGGGGUGCGUUCGUGGAGAAGGCGGGCGUGGCGGCAGUGGCGGUCCCUGAGGAGAGCCAGACAGGGGCGCUGCCCUAUGUGUCCACCGACAUCGCCACCUACUUCACCAUGCUGCUGGGCAUCUACUUCCCCUCAGUGACCGGCAUCAUGGCGGGCUCCAACCGCUCGGGGGACCUGAGGGACGCGCAGAAGUCCAUCCCCACGGGUACCAUCCUGGCCAUCGUGACCACCUCCUUCAUCUACCUGUCUUGCAUCCUGCUGUUUGGAGCCUGCAUUGAGGGCGUGGUCCUACGUGACAAGUUCGGGGAGGCCCUGCAGGGGAAGCUGGUCAUCGGUGUGCUGGCCUGGCCCUCGCCCUGGGUCAUCGUCAUCGGCUCAUUCUUCUCCACCUGUGGCGCCGGCCUGCAAAGUCUGACCGGGGCCCCCCGUCUACUGCAGGCCAUCGCCAGGGACGGCAUCGUGCCCUUCCUACAGGUGUUUGGUCACGGCAAGGCCAACGGGGAGCCCACGUGGGCGCUGCUGCUGACGGCUGGCAUCUGUGAGAUUGGGAUCCUCAUCGCCUCCCUCGACAGCGUGGCCCCCAUCCUGUCCAUGUUCUUCCUCAUGUGCUACAUGUUUGUGAACCUGGCCUGUGCUGUGCAGACCCUGCUGCGCACCCCCAACUGGCGCCCCCGCUUCCGCAUCUACCACUGGACGCUGUCCUUCCUGGGCAUGAGCCUGUGCCUGGCGCUCAUGUUCGUGUGCUCCUGGCUAUACGCGCUGGCCGCCAUGCUGGUCGCCGGUUGCAUCUACAAGUACAUCGAAUACCGCGGGGCUGAGAAGGAGUGGGGUGACGGCAUCCGGGGCCUGUCGCUCAACGCCGCCCGCUAUGCCCUGCUGCGCCUGGAGCACGGUCCCCCGCACACCAAGAACUGGAGGCCGCAGGUGCUGGUGAUGCUGAACCUGGACGGAGAGCAGCGUGUGAAGCAUCCGCGUCUGCUGUCCUUCACCACGCAGCUCAAGGCGGGCAAGGGGCUGACCAUCGUGGGCUGUGUGCUGGAGGGCACCUUCCUGGACAGGCUCGCGGAGGCCCGGCGGGCAGAGGAGAACAUCCGGGCCCUGAUGGCGGCAGAGAAGACCAAGGGCUUCUGCCAGCUAGUGGUGGCGGGCAGCCUGAGGGACGGGACGUCGCAGCUGGUGCAGGCGGCCGGGCUGGGCGGCCUGAGGCACAACACCGUGCUGCUGGGCUGGCCGGCCGGCUGGAGACAGCCCCACAACCCUGGCGCCUGGCGCAACUUUGUGGACACGGUGCGCGACACCACAGCAGCCCAGCAGGCCCUGCUGGUGGCCAAGAACGUGGACCUGUUCCCCCACAACCAGGAGCGCUUCAGCGACGGCCACAUCGACGUGUGGUGGGUCGUCCACGACGGCGGCCUCCUCAUGCUGCUGCCCUUCCUGCUGCGGCAGCACAAGGUGUGGAGGAAGUGCCGGAUGCGCAUCUUCACAGUGGCGCAGGUGGACGACAACAGCAUCCAGAUGAAGAAGGACCUGCAGGUCUUCCUGUACCACCUGCGCCUCAGCGCUGACGUGGAGGUGGUGGAGAUGGUGGAGAACGACAUCUCGGCCUUCACCUACGAGAAGACGCUGAUGAUGGAGCAGAGGUCCCAGAUGCUGAAACACAUGCAGCUCUCCAAGAACGAGCGCGAGCGAGAGGCCCAGCUGAUCCACGACAGGAACACCGCGUCCCAUGCCGCCAUGUCCACCAAGACCACGCCGGACAGGGUGCAGAUGACCUGGACCAAGGAGAAGCUGGUGGCUGAGAAGCACCGGAGCAAGGAGGCGGGCGGGCCCGGGUUCAAGGACCUCUUCAGCAUGAAGCCCGAGUGGGGUGCACUGGACCAGUCCAACGUGCGGCGCAUGCACACAGCCGUGAAGCUCAACAGUGUCAUCCUGGACAAGUCCCAGGACGCCCAGCUGGUCCUGCUAAACAUGCCCGGGCCCCCCCGGAACCGGCAGGGCGACGAGAACUACAUGGAGUUCCUGGAAGUGCUGACUGAGGGCCUGGGCCGUGUGCUACUGGUCAGGGGCAGUGGCCGUGAGGUGGUCACCAUCUACUCCUAGUUGCGCUGGGCCUGCACUGCUGGCUACUCCCACUGGAGAAUGUUCUAGAAUAGCACUCGGCUUCCGUCCAAGCUGCAUGACUGAGGCGUCCUGGCCGGGAAUGCAGGUGGCAUGGCCCCCGGAGGGCCAGCAUGCACCACCACCACACACUGCCAGGGACGCUGGCCACAUAGGGUGUCCACUCAGCCGGCCUGGCUGUGGGGUCUGUUCCCUCCAAGGGCAGAGGAGAGACCAAGGCUCUGGAAAGCCUCGCUUCCACGUCAGUUCCACUGUAGCCAAUGGGCAAUGGCUGAAGGCCCAGGGAGAGGCCCUGAAUGCAGCGCGGCCCCUGAGCUCGGGCAUCCCAGGGACAGCCUGGACACACACAGGGCGCACCACACGCGGACUUGGCCCCGUGUCCAUGCCCCUGUAGUCACUGUGUGUCUGGUGUCACUACCCCUCGUGGGCAGAAGCUGGCACCUGUCCGCCCUCAACCCACGAAUGCUGUGGGGUGGGCCUCCAUGGCCAAGGAGAGCUAUGCUGGCUAGCCUGUGACUAUUAGGGUGCAUGGUGGCCCUGGGCUAGACCCAGGGUCUGUCACAGCCUGGCUUGAGCUGUCCAUGGCCUCCUUGGGGCCCUGUGGGAGAGUGGUCAGCAUCGGGCAGCCUGCCGUCUGUCCUGAGGUGUCCUCUGGCCAUGUCUGAGCCCACCCCCCACCCCCACGCAGAGGCUCCCUGCUCACACCAUAACCUCGUUUGUUAGAAUAAAGGUGUCAAAACCACAA